AUGAAACCAGAUGAGAAUACCAUGGAAUUCUCAGACCCUUACACCAUACACCACUCAGACCAUACUGGACUUAUCCUAGCUUCCAAACCACUUGAUGGGAACAAUUAUGGGCAAUGGAGCCGUGCCAUAAGCAUGGGUCUCAGCGCAAAGAACAAGAUUGGGUUCAUUGAUGGAACCAUUACAGCUCCAUCAUUCAAGGACGCAAAAUAUGCAGCCUGGAAAAGAUGCAACGAUAUGGUAACACUGUGGAUUGUGAACUCAGUUCACUCAGACAUUGCCAACAGCAUCAUGUACACUGAAUCUGCUGCUGCAGUUUGGAACGAUCUCAAGGACAGGUUUUCACAGAGCAGUGACUCGAGGAUCUACCAGAUUCGACAAGAAAUGGUCGAAAAUCGUCAAGGGCAGCUCUCGGUAUCUUCCUAUUACACCAAGAUGAAAGCCUUGUGGGACGAGUUAGCAUCCUGCCAUAAUCUUUCAGUUGCUUGUUGGAGCUGCAAGUUUCAUUUGUUGUAA